UUUCUUUUAAUUCUCUCACGGGAGAUAAGAAAAUGGUCAGCGAGUGUUUCAGAACUUUCAGAGGAGAGCAAGAGAAGCAAAGAGUAGGUUGACAGAAAACCAGCUAGCCUCACCAAAACAGUCCACAAAUUCGCCAUAUUAAUUGUAGUGACUAUGAAAGUACUGGUGACUGGCGCUUCAGGUUACUUAGGCGGGAGACUCUGCCACGCACUGCUGGAACAAGGCCACUCUGUCCGCGCCUUGGUUCGUCACACCAGCGAUCUCUCCGUCCUCCCUUCGUCCUCCACCGACGGGAAUUUCGAGCUUGCCUACGGUGAUGUUACCGACUACCGAUCUCUUUUGGAUGCCUUCUCUGGUUGUCUCGUCAUCUUCCACACCGCCGCCCUCGUAGAGCCCUGGCUGCCUGAUCCUUCUAAAUUCUUCUCCGUUAAUGUAGGGGGAUUGAAGAACGUGUUGCAGGCAGCUAGAGAGAAGAAGACAAUCCAGAAGAUUAUUUACACGUCGUCGUUUUUUGCCCUUGGACCGACCGAUGGAUACAUUGCAGAUGAGACCCAAGUACAUCCCGAGAAGGUUUUCUGUUCGGAGUACGAGAGAUCCAAGGUGAUCGCCGAUAAAAUUGCAUUACAAUCUGCAGCCGAUGGGUUGCCAAUAGUGGUGGUUUACCCCGGUGUCAUAUAUGGUCCAGGCAAGCUUAGUACGGGUAAUAUUGUGGGUCAGUUGCUGAUUGAGCGCUUUCAAGGCCGUUUACCUGGAUACAUAGGCAAUGGAAAUGAUAAAUAUUCAUUCAGUCAUGUUGAUGAUGUAGUAGAAGGACAUAUAGCAGCAAUGAACAAAGGUCGACCAGGGGAAAGAUAUCUACUUACAGGAGAAAAUGCAUCAUUCAUGCACGUUUUCAAUAUAGCUGCCAUCAUUACUGAAACAAAAAAGCCGAGAUUUAACAUUCCUUUAUGGGUGAUUGAGGCUUAUAGCUGGUUAUCGGUUGUUUUCUGUCGACUUACAGGAAAGCUUCCUCUCAUCAGUCCACCGACGGUGAAUGUUCUAAGACACCAGUGGGCAUAUUCUUGCGAGAAGGCAAGGGUGGAUCUGGAUUAUAAUCCUCGAAGCUUGCAGGAAGGGCUAAAGGAGGUGCUUCCCUGGUUGAAAGGCUUAGGGGUGAUAAAAUAUUGAGUAGGAGAUGCUUCCCUGGUUGAAAGGCUUAGGUGCUUUGUUGGAGGUGUAAUAUUGCUGAAUAUUGUCUGACUCUUGCUUAUCAGAUGAGUUGUAUCUCUUGAAACGGUCUUA